AUGUACUGGAGUAGUGAUCCUAUGUUUAGUCCAUGUGGAAUAAAAGAGAGAAUGACACGCGAUCGGUAUGAUAAAAUCAGUAAGUACUUCCACGUAGCUGACACAUCAUGCAAUCCGGCACGCGGACAACCAGGCCAUGACAAACUUUCUCAUGUUCGACCGAUUCUUGAAGCCGUGCGUGUAAAUUUGAUGGCCAAUUAUAAACCGCACCGUGAAACGACAGUUGAUGAGGCUAUGAUUGGAUAUACCGGUCGCUUAGGAUUCAGACAAUAUGUGCCAAUGAAGCCGACUAAACGUGGGAUCAAAGUGUGGGUAAGGGCGGACCCUCACAAUGGAUAUGUGAAUGACAUUCAAGUGUAUUUAGGUAAGGAGAACCGUGACGGAGACAAGGGUUUAGGGGAACGAGUUGUGAUCGAUUUAGUAACACCAAUUUUGAAUCGCGGACAUCAUGUGUAUUGUGACAAUUAUUUCACUACGGUAGGGCUAUUCGAAGAAUUACAACAGCAAGGAACUUACGCGUGUGGAACAUUUAGAUCCAACAGACGAGGAAUUCCGGACGAAAUAAAACAGCAGAAGCUGAAGGAACAAGGGACAUCUAUCACGAUGCAGAAAGGAAACAUGGUUGCGACAGCUUGGAGGGACAAGAAGACCGUAUUCAUUUUAUCUACAAACUUCGAUCCAACAACGCCGAGAACAACAGUUCAACGAAGGCAGAAAGACGGAAGUCAGAAAGAUGUUUCUUGCCCGGAGUCCGUACGAAAUUACACAAAGUACAUGAACGGUGUUGACCAUGCGGAUCAGCUACGGGCAAUGUACAGUCUAGCGCGCAAGUCAGCCAAGUGGUGGAAAUAUCUUUUCUGGUUUUUAGUUGAUCUUGCCAUAGUUGGAGCCUAUAUUCUGAUGAAGGAAUCACCAAAUCACCAACAGAAGACAAGAACAGGAAAACCUAAGCCACUGACACAACUGGAUUUUCGAAAGAAAGUCGCGAAGCAGCUAAUUGGGGACUUUAUGCAGAAAAGGAAACGCAACGUGCUCAAGGAAAAUAUUCAGCUACAAGGCAGGAUAUGCUGGCCGGCUAAUUUGGGAAAAAGGCGAACCUGUAAGAUGUGUUCAAAAAAUGGAAAGCGACGCGAAACACAGUAUGGUUGUGAAGGAUGCGGAGUGAAUCUUUGUGUUGAGUGCUAUAAGCCGUACCACGUUGAAAAAUUUCCGGAGCGAUUUGGGAAAUAG